AUGAGCUCAGAGUCGCCGCUGGUGCUACAACUCCUCUCUCUUCUUCCUCUUCUGUUUCUCUGCUUGAAGCCACCUCUAACUGUGCACGCUGCAGACACAGCUGAUCCCUUUCAGAAUGUCUUGUUCCUCAAAAGGAACUCCUUCAUGGAGUGUCAUUGCUAUGGAAACCGCACUUCGAACGACGUAGUAUUCGAUGAAAAUGUAAGGAACCUGAUCUUCCAUUCUUUUACGGCGCAAUCGGCUACAUCAGCAGGAUUCCUCAACGCCAGUUAUGGGAAUGGCUCUUCCCGUGCUUAUGCUCUCUUUCUCUGCCGAGCCGACGUCCCUCCUGAUCUCUGCGGGAACUGCAUCGCUGCUGCUGGAAAGAAGGUGAUGGAGGCCUGCCCAAGGGAGAGAGAAGCCACGGUAUGGUUCAGCCACUGCCUCCUCCGCUACAACGACACUGAUUUCUUCGGCGUUCUAAAUUUAGACAAUGGAGUUGCGUCCUAUAACGAUGACCCCGAACAAGAAACGUCGACUGCGGACGUGGAGGCACUGGUUGGCUCCGCGGUGAAGAAGGCUAAGGGAAGCUCCAACUUAUUUGCUUUCGAUCAGCAGCAGGUGGAAGACGGCAGUUACAGGUAUGUGUCGGCGCAGUGCACCAGAGACCUUAACCGGUCUCAGUGCAACGCCUGUCUGAACAAUGCACUGUCUUGGCGUGAAAGCAUGAGGAAUAGAACGAGGAGGUGGUGGGCAACUAUCUAUAGCUGCCAAAUCUUUUACGCAGACUACGAUUUCUCUCUAACCAAUGGUUCAGAGGCCGUGUUACCCACAUCACCACCGCCGACUGGCCCAUCACCGCAGCUGCAGGCGUUUCAAGGAGGUAACAGCAAGAAGAGAAUGGCAGUCAUAAUUGCAGCUGCCUGCUUUACCAUAGGCACGGUUACUCUUGUGGCAGGAAUUCUUGUGUUGCUUAUAAGGCCAAAGAGGAAUCAUAAGUAUUUUGCUGCAAAAAAAUUAAGAUCUGACCUUGGGAUAGCUUCAAUGGACUUCUGUAACCUUAGCGAUGACGGUAGAAACUCCGACUUGCCUCAGCUCAGCCUGAAGAGCAUACAAGAAGCUACACAUAACUUCUCAAAGGAGGAUCAGUUCGGGCAGGGAGGAUUUGGUCCUGUAUAUAAGGGGGAACUCAAUGGGAGGCCAGUGGCAGUAAAAAGACUUUCUCAGAAUUCCCUUCAGGGCCUGAAAGAGUUCAUGAACGAAGUUAUAUUGAUUCCUAAGCUUCAACAUAAAAACUUGGUUAGACUGCUUGGUUGUUGCCUUGAAAGGGGAGAAAAGUUGCUCGUAUAUGAGUUCAUGCCUAAUGGAAGCUUAGAUGCAUUUCUUAAAGGUAAGAAGCGGAAAUCACUAGAUUGGAAAAGGCGGUUCAAUAUUAUCAUGGGUGCUGCAAGGGGGAUCCUCUAUCUUCAUCAGGAUUCUCGACUCAAUGUCAUCCACAGAGAUCUCAAAGCCGGCAAUGUCUUGUUGGACGAGGAGAUGAAGGCAAAGAUUUCUGAUUUUGGGAUGGCCAGAAUUUUCAAAGGAGAUAAUGAGCCACAGAGCACUAACAUCAUCGUAGGAACACAUGGGUACAUGUCUCCAGAAUAUGCAAUGGAUGGACUGUUCUCUAUCAAAUCAGAUGUAUACAGCGUCGGGGUUCUCCUCUUAGAGAUCGUUAGUGGUCAAACAAGUACUACAUUUUAUGCUCCUGAAGGUUAUGGCCUGAUUCCAUAUACCUGGAUUCUUUGGUGUAAAGGAACAGUGAUAGACCUAAUAGAUCCAUUGGUGCUUGGGGAAUCAACAUCAACAUAUCAAACAUUAAGAUGCGUACACAUUGCCUUGCUCUGCGUUCAGGAGGAUGCUGCGCAGAGACCGACCAUGUCAACCAUUGUCCACAUGCUUGAAAGUGAUUCUAUACACCUUCCACCUCCUUCACGACCUCCAUUGACUUUCGGCAGAGUCGUCACCAGUUUGUUCAAUUCACUGGAUGAUGUAAACAGUACUGCUUCUGUAUCCAGCAUCACAAUUUCAGAAGUUUUAGCAAGGUAG